AACGAUUAUUUUGUAAGCGUUACUUAAUUAUUUUACAUCACUACUGGCAACACUGACAUAACCUCAAAUGUCAGCCUACUCGUUACCAAACUUUUGAAAGAAGUUCAACUGCAAAUAGGAGGUCUCAAUAAUGAAUAAUUGAAUACCAGAUUUGGUUUGAAAAAAAUUACAUUUAUAAAAACUAGUUUUGUAGGUAUUAUAAACAAAUUUUUAGAUUAACCGUAUAAAAGUGCGUAAUAGUAAGAUGCAAACGUUUUAAGUAUCUAUUUAAUGUUUGAAGAGUUGAAAGAUAGUUAUGGCUAUAUUUUUGCACGGAAGAAGUCUAAUCCUUCGAAGAAAUCUAUUUGCCACAGGUAGAAAGUUCCAGGGAUAUAUUGUUUUAGUUCCAGAAAUUGGUGAAGAUCUUCCAGAGAAAAACCCACUACUUCAACAGGAUGGUCUACCAGAAUUCAAUCAUAUCACAAUCGAGAAUUGUCGAGCUGCAAUAGCAAAACAAACCUUAGAUUUUGAAAUUGGUGUAAGAAACAUAGAACAAAAAUUAGCUGAGAAACCAUGUACAGAUAUCUUUGGAGAAGUCUUUGAACCACUAGAGGAACUUGGUACUCCACUAGAUAUGACAUGGGGUCUCUCCAAAACUUUAUAUUUAGGUAACAGUAGUUUGAUGCCAACAUCAAGUUAUAUAGCUAUUCAUGAUAGAGCCAGGAAAGCAAGAGCUACAAAGUACCACAAUGUUAGUAUUUUCAAAGAGGUUAAGACUGCACUAAACAAUAAGGAGGCCACAUGGAGCAGUGAAGAGAGUAGAAUAUUACAGAAGUUUGCCAUUGAGGGAAAACUAAAUGGUUUGGAAUUAGACAAUAGUAACCAACAAGCAUUGAUCAAUUGGCUGAAUAAGCUGAAUAAAGAAAGGGCUACAUUCAAACAGAAAACUGAUAUAUCUACAAAGCAGUUUAAGCAUGUGAUCACAGAUAAUCAAGUCACAAGAGACUUUCCUGAAGAAUUGUUGAGGUACACUGCAGUUGAUCCAAACCAACCUCUGCAUGGCCCAUGGACAGUGACUUUGCAGCCUCACAUAUACAUGGGUGCUAUGGAGUAUUGCUCGGAUAGGGAGUUGCGAUGGAACAUGUGGCAAGCUUUUGUGGGACGCGGUUCUGGUUACAAAGAGCGGGAGCUAGCCACCAGCCUCAAUUUGGAGGAAAUUCGCUUCAUACGCAGGGAUGUGGCAAAGAUACUAGGCUACGAGACUUACGGGGAUAUGUCGAUGGAAACCAAAAUGGCGGGUAGUGUUGAUGCGGUGAGGCAUAUGCUGGCUGCGUUGUUGGAAAGGGCAAAGCCUGCUCAAGAUGAGGAACUGAAGCAGUUGUAUGAGUUUGCUGCACAAAGGGGAUUCCGGGGUGCUGAAUUCGAGUUAUGGGACGUGCCGUAUUGGCGGAGGAAGCAAGCGAGUACUUUGUUCGACUACACGGAAAGCAAGCUUAAACAGUACUUUCCCCUUAAAACUGUACUGGCCGGUCUGUUUCAACUUGCAGAAAAACUGUUCAAUAUCAGGAUCGUACAGAGAACUAAUGUUUCAACGUGGCAUAAAGAUGUGAAGUUUUAUGAUAUAUUCGAGAGUCAUAGCAGUGCACCAGUUGCAGGAUUUUAUCUGGAUCCAUAUGCUAGAUCUGAACAGAAAAUCAGAAUGCAGCACCAAGGCUGGAUGGUGGCAAUUCAGAACAUGAGCAGAAUAACGAAUAGAAAACCACUGGCGGCAUUGAUAUUCAACUUCGACUCUCCGACUCAAGAUGCACCUUGUUGUUUGACCUUCCAGGAAAUUAAGAUGCUAUUCCAGAAGUUCGGCCACUCGUUACAGCAUUUGCUGACCAGAACAAAUUAUUCGGAAGUGGCGGGGAUGUCGAACAUCGAAUGGGAUGCUGUGGAGAUUUCUGGGCACGUCUUUUCACAUUGGCUUCUCAGCCGGGACGUCAUGAGGAGCAUCUCCAGCCACGUGGACAGCGAGGACCCCUUACCAGACACAAUGUAUCAAUCACUCCUGAACGUGCACCAGCACCUAAGCGGCGUGGACCUCUGCCGGGAGCUGUACCUCUCCGACCUCGACCUCGAGCUGCAUACGUCCAAAGACUUCUGGCUGGACAUCGUGAAACGGUUGUGGCCGCAUUACCUCUCCUUCAAACUGCACAAGAUCGACUCGCAUCCGUGUUCGUUCACGCAGAUAUUUUCGGAGGAAUGGGGUGCGGCGUACUACUCGCAUGUUUGGUCCAGGAUGGUUGCUGCUGAUGUUUACAGCGCCUUCCACGAGGUCAGAGAUGAUGAGAAGCAGGUCUUGGACGUGGCCAAAAGAUACCGUGAUACUUUCCUGGCUCUGGGAGGCAGUAUGCAUCCAAGUCAGGUCUUCAGAGAGUUCAGAGGGAGAGAUCCCUCUCCUAAAGCAUUGUUGAAAUCGUUGGGAUUUAAGAAGAUAAAAAUAGAAGAGUCGUAAUUGAUAUAUGUGGAUAUUUUGUUAAAUAUUCAUUUUUUGUAGUUGAUUAAAAAAUCAAACCAU